AUGCACUCAAUCUCCCUCCUCGCCACCGCUCUUACCCUCCUCUCUUCCUCCAAUGCCUCCCGCUUACUCGCCCGCGACGACACCUGCUCCGUCAUCCAACAAGUCACAUCCACCUUCUACGGCUACCCCGACAACUCCCCGCCCGGCGCAGGCAUCGCAUACACACAAUGCGGGCGUGACAGCGCCGGCGGAAGCGGCACAUUCUCCGACCCUGUAACUUUUGCCAGCGCAUCCGGCGAAUUCGAUACUUGCGAGGUGAUUUACGCGCCUUAUCUGAAAAAAUACCUGCGUUAUGAGGAUGAAUGCACUCAGUGCGAGAGUGACUGGAACAACGGCGGAACGUGGCAUGUUGAUACGUGGAUUGGAAGUAGUACUGAGGAUGGAGGGCAGGAUCAGAUUGAUUGUGAGGAUCAGUUGACUCCGGAUUCGCAGAGUAUUAUCAGGAAUCCGGCGGAUGAUUUGGAGGUUGACACUACUGAGCUGUAUGACAAUGGCUCUUGCAACACGGGCAACACCUACACCGACUACGAUACUUCGACGUACUGCUCUUCUUAG